AUGUCAAAGAAUAAGCAAAAAAAGGCGUUCAACUUUUGAAAUCAUCCACACCCACACUCAAAAGAUUGAGAUGACACUUCAAAGUCAAGGAAACUACAUGCAUGAUGAAAAAGCCAAACACUUAAGCAAAUUAGCGUCUGAGAAAUUUUACGCACAAAACCUGCAAUAUAAUGAGCAGGAAGAUACUCUUUAACAAGGAGCAGUGCCAACUCCGGAGAAUACCUGACAACGAACCAACUAGUGUCCGUACCGACCUAAAUUCAAAUUUUACACAAGGGCACCACCACAUGGUAAGUUAGUAACAUAAAAAUUCCUUGCUUGUUUUCAACAGAACCCGCCACGGCGAACCAGAUGUAUGGGCAAGUCGUUUUUCUACUCCCUACUCAACACCCUGGACAUUCCAUCCCCACGCUUUCUGUCCUCCGCCACCUCCAAAGUUGUAGGAGACUCGACCAUCCCCGCCGCCGCCACAGAACAAUUCACAAACCUCUGCUCCAAAGGACACAUCAAACAAGCAUUUGAGGGGUUCAAAUCUCAGAUAUGGUCAGACCCAUCUCUCUUCUCACACCUCCUCAAAGCAUGCAUCCCCAGCAAGUCCCUCUCUUUAGCAAAACAGCUCCAUUCUUUGAUUGUCACAUCUGGGUGUUCCGCAGACAAGUUCGUAUCCAAUCACCUCCUCAACUUGUACUCCAAAGUCGGAGACUUGGAUGCCGCUUUAACCUUGUUUGGUCAUCUCCCCAGGAGAAACACAAUGUCUUGCAACAUUUUGAUCAAUGGGUACGUGCAGAAGGGUGAUUUGGAAAGUGCCCAGAAGGUGUUUGAUGAAAUGCCUGAGAGAAAUGUGGCUACGUGGAAUGCCAUGGUCACGGGGUUGACGCAGUUUGAAUUUAACGAAGAGGGGCUGAGUCUGUUUUCUGAGAUGCACGAGUUCGGGUUUUUACCCGAUGAGUACACUUUGGGCAGUGUUCUGAGGGGUUGUGCUGGUUUGAGAACAUUGUGUGCCGGGCGUCAGGUUCACGCUUAUGUGAUGAAAUGCGGGUUUGAGUUUAAUUUGGUCGUUGGGAGCUCUUUGGCUCAUAUGUAUAUGAAGUCGGGUAGCUUGGUGGAAGGAGAAAAAGUGAUUACAUCGAUGCCAAUUCGCAGUGUGGUUGCUUGGAAUACUAUUAUUGCGGGAAAAGCUCAAAAUGGGCAUCUCGAGGGAGUGUUGGAUCAGUAUAACUUGAUGAAAAUUGCUGGAUUCAGGCCUGAUAAGGUCACUUUUGUUAGUGUUAUUAGUUCGUGUGCGGAAUUGGCAACACUUGGACAGGGUCAGCAAAUUCAUGCCGAAGCAAUUAAAGCUGGGGCUAGCACAGUUGUUGCGGUGAUUAGUUCGUUAAUUAGCAUGUAUUCGAGAUGUGGGUGUCUUGAUGAUUCUCUGAAAGCUUUCAUGGAAAGUGAAUGUGGAGAUGCUGUAAUGUGGAGUUCUAUGAUUUCUGCCUAUGGGUUUCAUGGACGAGGAGAGAACGCCAUUAAGCUGUUUGAGGAGAUGAAGCAGGAAGAAUUGGAGACAAAUGAUGUUACUUUCUUGAGUUUGCUUUAUGUGUGCAGUCAUUGCGGGUUGAAGGACAAAGGACUUGAGUUAUUCAACUCUAUGGUCGAAAAGUAUGGACUUCAUCCUAAAUUAGAACACUAUACAUGUGUGGUUGACCUGCUUGGCCGAUCUGGCUGUUUGGAGGAAGCCGAGGCAAUGAUACGAUCAAUGCCUGUCAAAGCAGAUGCUAUCAUUUGGAAAACUUUGUUAUCUGCAUGUAAAAUCCACAAGAACGCAGACAUGGCAAGAAGGAUUGCUGAAGAAGUUAUUAGGCAAGAUCCACAGGACUCAGCGUCCUAUGUGCUACUCUCGAACAUCCAUGCUUUAGCUCGAAGGUGGCAUGAUGUUUCUGAGAUGAGAAAAACGAUGAGAGAUAGAAAGGUCAAGAAGGAGCCAGGUAUAAGCUGGCUGGAAAUUAAAAAUCAAAUUCACCAGUUCUGCAUCGGUGAUAAAUCGCACCCCCAAUCUAGAGAGAUUGAUUUGUAUCUUAAAGAGCUAACAUCAGAGUUGAAGUUGCAUGGUUAUGUGCCUGAUAUCGGCUCUGUUUUGCAUGAUAUGGAUAACGAGGAGAAAGAAUAUAACUUGGCACACCAUAGUGAGAAGUUGGCAAUCGCUUUCGCCUUAAUGAACACUCCUGAGGGUGCACCAGUAAGGGUGAUGAAGAAUUUGCGUGUUUGCACUGAUUGUCAUGUUGCUAUUAAGUACAUAUCUCUAAUAAAAAACCGAGAGAUUAUUGUACGUGAUGCUAGUAGAUUUCAUCACUUUAAAGAUGGGAAUUGUUCUUGUGGAGAUUACUGGUAAAGGAAGGUUAUACAAGUUGUUGCAACAGAAGCUUUCUAGAAAGAAAAAGGCAGUGGAGGCUUUAGCUCUGCGUUCGCCAUUUUAAUAUUGCAAGGUUGAUUGGGAUUAACGGUUCUUUGUAUAAGUUUAAACUAUGUUUGGUGGGAUGCGCCGGGCCCAUGCUGUAGUGCAACGCUUGGGCAACGCUCAAGAGCCCCAAUAGCAAGCUAUUGUGAUGGACUCUCUCCCUAAAGAAAUUAAUUUAAUAUCGUGUGGACCAUUGGUCCACGUAUCAGAUAUUAAACUGAUAAGAACAGAUACUACACUUGAUCUUAGCCAAAAGGCCGAGAAAGGUAUGCCUUAUCUCAAGUUUGGCUUGUGUUUAUAUUGGCCACUUCAGAAACAUACUUGUCCCCAGUGGUCGAUAUGGGACAUAAAACAUGCAUGCCUAUCACUUAUAAAAGUCAUAUGUUGAGUGAGUGAAAUUAAAAUAUGAAUGUAUUUAUUUUAUGUCUUUAUAGGAUUGUAUUUUUUAUUAGAUUAGGGUUUUGUUUCCUUGUCCUACAAGAGUUGUAUCUCCAUAUUACUAGAUAUAAAAUUGUGAAUGAAAUUUUGACCUAACUUUAUAUAAUUGGGACAGUAUUGGUGUGAAUAGUAGUGGGUUGCUAGCUCAACCCUGGAAUCUUGAUAGAAUCUCCCAUAAAGUUGGGACAGUGUUCGGGUUGUGUUUAAUUAUCGUUUGUAUUUGUCUUGUCAUCUUUAUGGUUGUAGUUACAAUGAGCUGAAUUGUCCCACAUCGGAGAAUGAAAAUUUUGCAUAAUCGUUUAAAAGUGGCUUCUAUCAUGGUAUCAGAAUCAUGUUAUUCGCAUAUUGCUAUAAAAUAUAUAUGUUGCUCAUGUGUAUAACCUGGCUCUAGAUAACAGAAAAAAAUUGGAGGAAAGACCCUUUUUUUUUUUGUUUUAUCUGCGUUACUUGUUGUAUUCACGCUUUUGCGUCGGCAGAGUAGUAGUUUGCAUAUCAUAUACCCUCCAAUCUCCUUUUUUUUUAUUCUUUUUUUUUUUCAUAUAUGCAUUCAUCCAUUUGUUAAUUUCUUUUUCUGAACACAUCAUGGAAUAGUUCGAUACUUAAACUUUUGGAAAAUUGGGUUAUCUAAUCGAUUUUGUAAAAAUGGGUUGUAGUUAUGAUCGAGCUCCCACAAAAUUGUUGAAAUGUUUAUGGGUUGUCCAAGAUAAUUAUAAGUGGUGAGAGCCAAGUGCUGACCCGAAUGAGCGGAUCCCCUGGAUUUCUUGCCGGAAUGGGAGAAACAUGCCACCGAACUCUCAAGCUGGUGGCCGGAGGUGACGAAAGAGAGGCCGAGAAAGUUAUGAUCGAGCUCCCACAAAAUUGUUGAAAUGUUUUUGGGUUGUCCAAGAUAAUUAUAAGUGGUGAGAGCCAAGUGCUGACCCGAAUGAGCGGAUCCCCUGGAUUUCUUGCCGGAAUGGGAGAGACAUGCCACCGAACUCUCAAGCUGGUGGCCGGAGGUGACAAAAGAGAGGCCAGGGCAAGGGUGAGUUCCUACCACCGUAUAAACCUCAUAUUUAGGGACAUAAGGCUUCCAAUGGGCCGAAAAAGAAGUCCCUAAAGUAUAGGAAAGUAUAGGGACUCGUCGGAAUUCCUAUAAAAAUCCUCAAAUGUAAGGAUGCGGAUAAGGACUCAUAAAUGGUGUACCCAGUUUGAAGAAUUAGAGAAAGUGGGCUUGAACCCACGUGAAUGUUGAAGCUGCAAAGCGCAGCGAAAAUGCUAGCCCCACAAUGCACUUGUUAUCUAUCUUUUCUUUUUGGUUCUUUUAAAAUCAACAGCUUAAAUUGUUUCA